AAAGCUUUCUUCUUCUUCUCCUCCGCUGCUCUUUGCGUUGUUUGCGGCCGAGUCCCGGGUUGCCACGGCGACGCGAAAUGCCACGGUCGAGGGGGUCGGAGGUCGAGGGUCGUCGAUCGGCUCCGGACAAAAACACACAGACACACACAGAGCAGAGAUUCGAGGCAGAGACGAGGACACGGGAGCCCAGACGGCGGCCGACGGCGGGACAGGAAGGACCUCUCAGCUUUAAGGACUCGCCGCUAAUGAGGACGCGUAUUGUGUAACUUUUCUGGUCGGGCGUCCGAAAAAACUAGUUCAGAUGGGCGGAGUCAUGGCUGCGUCCUCCUCCUUACAUCACUUCCUCCUCCUCUUCCUGUCCUCCGUCCUGUUCCUGAGCGCCUGCCUGGCCGCGCCCACCGACAUUCUGUACCGCGUCGCCGAAGAGCAACCGCCCAACUCGCUCAUCGGGAGUCUGGCCGCCGACCAGGGCCUCCCCGACAGCGGCCACCUCUACAAGCUCGAGGUGGGCGCCCCCUACCUGCGCGUCGACAGCAAAACGGGCGAGAUCUACACCACGGAGACGCCCAUCGACCGCGAACUCCUCAAGGACUGUCGCAACCUUUUAGACGACGACAAAUGCUUCCUGGAAUUCGAGGUCUCCAUCACGGACAUGGUCAAAGGGAUGGGGCCGAGGUUGAUAGAAGGUCGCAUCGAGGUCCUGGACAUUAACGACAACACGCCGCAGUUCGUCUCGCCGGUCAUGACGCUGUCCAUACCGGAAAACACGCACGUCGGAGCGCUGUUCUCGAUCCCGAUGGCGAACGACCGAGACUCCGGCGUCAACGGGGUGGACAGGUACUCGCUGAGCACCAGGGACGAUUUCGAGCAGCUCUUCAGCCUUCAGGUGGCGACGGAUUCGGACGAAAAAGUUCCGCAGUUGGUGGUCAUGGGCAGCCUGGACCGGGAGGCGAAAGAGUCGUACGAUAUGAACAUUCUGGUGGUGGACGGCGGGACCCCCGAGAGGCAGAGCAGCGCUUUGCUCAGGGUCCUGAUCACCGACCAGAACGACAACGCGCCGAAGUUCGAGAGGAGUCACUACGAGGCGAACCUGCUGGAGAACAGUCCGCUGGGGCACUCCGUCGUACAGGUCCGAGCUACAGACGCCGACAGUGGAGUGAACGCCGAGAUCGACUACUCCAUCCACCAGGCCUCCGACACCGUCCAGAGGCUGCUCCGAAUCGACCGCUCCACCGGGAUCAUCUACGUCAAGGGCCCCGUCGACCGCGAGGAGGAGAACUUCCUUAAAUUCUUCGUGGUCGCCCGAGACCGUGGCCCCAACUCCAAAAGCUCCAAAGUCUUAGUCACCGUCAUCAUCAAGGACCAGAACGACAACGCGCCCGCCAUCGAAAUCCGCGGGAUCGGACUUGUCACUCACGACAACGGCGUCGCCAACAUUUCCGAAGACAUGCCCAUCGGAACGCCGGUCGCUUUGGUGCAGGUUUCCGACCGCGACGAGGGAGAAAACGCCGUGGUGACCUGCGUGGUUGCCGGCGACGUCCCCUUCCAGCUGCGCCCGGCCAGCGAGUCGGCAAACGAUCGCAAGAGGAAAUACUUUCUUCAGACCACGACGCUUCUGGAUUUCGAGCGUGUUAAGGAUUACCGUAUUGAAAUCGUGGCGGUGGAUUCUGGAAACCCCGCGCUCUCUAGCACCAACUCUUUGCGAGUACAAGUCACAGAUAUUAACGAUAAUGCGCCAGUGUUUUCGCCAGCGGUCCUCGAAGUGGACUUUGCUGAAGAAAACCAACCGGGGGAUAAAGUUUUAGACGUUAUUGCUACAGACGCAGACAGCGGCAUCAAUGCGGAACUCGUGUACAGCAUUGUGGAAGAUGCGGGGCGGCCACGUCGGCUUUUUGAAAUCGACACAACCACCGGGGAGAUCACAGUUAAAAAUCUUUUAGACAGGGAGGAAAUAGAAAGAUACGAAUUUUGCGUCGCAGCUGCUGAUAAAGGCGUACCGAGCAAAACCGGUACCGCCACUGUCAUCAUUAACGUCUUGGAUCGCAACGACAACGAUCCCAAAUUCAUGCUAAGCAGCUAUAGCUUUUCCAUCAACGAAAACAUGCCUCCGCUGAACCCGGUCGGCGUGGUAACAGUCUCCGACGCGGACAAAGGCGAAAACGCAAGAGUUAAGCUGUACGUCGAACCGGAUAACGGAAAAUUCUUUAUUCAAAACGGCACGGGAACUAUUCUGUCCAGUAUUUCCUUCGACCGCGAGAAGGAAAGCACGUACACUUUCCGACUGAAAGCGGUCGAUUCCGGAGACCCGCCUCGCUCUUCCUACGCCGGCGUCACCAUUAACGUUUUGGACGAGAACGACAACGCUCCCUACGUCACCAAACCCGCAAAUUCAUCGUACACGUUCUUGAAGCGGGGAACUCCGCCGGAAACGGUCAUCGAAGUCGUAGAAGCGGAGGAUAUGGACUCUGGGCUGAACUCGGAUUUGGAUUUCACGAUCACGGGAGGCAACCCUUACGGACUGUUCCAAAUCUCGCCGUCGACCGGAGAGAUCAAGCUGGAGCAAGAGUUCAGCGCGAAGCACAACGGGCUGCAUCGUCUGGUCGUAAAAGUUAGCGAUAAGGGUAAACCCCAACGGCACACCACGGCGUUAGUCCACGUGUAUGUGAACGACACGAAAGCCAACGUAUCGCAAAUCGAAGCUCUGGUUGGACACAGCCUGUACACCCCGCUGGACCACGACAUCGCCGGAGACCCCAACUACAUCAAAGCGCAACGCAACUUGCACAUCAUGUACGGCGUCCUGGCCGGGCUCGCUGGCGUCACCAUGGUCAUCGUGAUCGUCGUCGUCGUGCGCCAACGUUUACAAAAGGACACCAAGAGCGGGUACCAACCGGGCAAGAAAGAAAGCAAAGACUUGUACGCGCCAAAGCAGGGACCAAAAAACAACAAAGCUAAAAAAGCCAAAAAGGGGAAAGCGCCCAAACCCUCGAAGCCGCUCGAGGAAGACGAGGAGGCGAGCUUGCAAAAGGGGCUAAAGUUCAAUCUCAUAAACGACAACGUCAACGACAGCCCCAGGAUCCACUUGCCGCUCAACUACCCGCCGGGAAGCCCCGAUUUGGGACGCCACUACCGCUCGAAUUCGCCCCUCCCUUCCAUCCAGCUCCAACCGCAAUCUCCGUCCGCGUCCAAAAAGCACCAAGCCGUCCAGGACCUCCCCGCCACCAACACUUUCGUAGGGGAUAACAACUCCACCGGAUCUGAUCAAUAUUCGGAUUAUAGCUACAAGGCUCCGAAGUACACCAACAAACAGGUAGGCGACUACGCUAAUGCGCCUGUGUACAACAAUCACAACAUCUACUGGACCAACCGCGUGUGGUAGCCAUUCCAAGGACCGUUUUUUUGUUCCAUCCACUGCACUGACACUCACCGACCCCUCUGACCCCCUUUUUUUCUUUAUUUUACGUUCUUCAUUAUACAAAAGCCGCCAUUUGUUUUUUCGCUUCACCAUUGUUUUCAUUUUCUGUCGUUUUCGUUGUACAUGUGCUUGGACACUACCACUUUCACCGUGAAGGAUUUAACAAAAAAAACAAACAAAAAAAAAAAAAAAAAAAGGGAUAGACCAAAAAUGGGUCGCCAAAAAUUAUUUAUCAAUGAACUAUUCUGAAGGAUUGUUAAUAUUUUUUUGCUGUAAAGGUUUAUUAAUUUUAAAAAAGUGGACUUGAAAUGGUUCCAUAUUGGUCUAUCCUUGACUUCUAUGUGAUUUUCGUAAUUUUAAAUGUACAUGUGGCACUGGUUUUGUUCAUUUGAUAAGCUUUUUGUGUGUUUCUGUGCUAUUUCCUGCUUCCUUUUAUUGACGGAGACUGUGAACUUUUGUACCUGUUGCUUUUGGAGACAGACUUGGACCAAUUUGAAGUGUUCACAAGCAAUUUUGAAGUGAUUUUAGACGGGUCAGGGAGUUGAACAGCAGGGAAACAGCGAGAAGGAUUGUACAAAAAAAUAUGAAGUCAGAGUCUUCUCAACCCAAGCUUAUUUAUGAAACUAUUCUAUUUUGCUGACGGAAAUUUUACUGCAGAAAUGAAAAUUCUACAACAAUUUUCAAAAAAAAAAAAAAAAAAAAAACCUACCAAAACUGUUCUAUUUUCCAGUCUGAAAUGUUUACUGAAGUUUGUACUGCAGAAAAGAAAAUUCUGGGAUAUUUUAACUUUAAAAAAUACAAUUGAAGUGGUACAAAUUUAUAAAUUGUUUCUGGAAAUUAGGGUUUCAUUUGUUAAAAUUGUUAAAAUGUUAAAAAAAAUGCACUGUUGAAUUUUGAAAUGUAAAAUUUCUUGCGAGAAGAAAAGUACAAAAUAUGAAUUCAGAACUGUCAACUAAAGCUUUUAUUUAUUUAUUUUUUUAAAAUUAAACUAUUCAAUUUUUCAGCUUGAAAUUUUUACUGAAAAUUUUACUGCGUUGAAAAAAAUAAAAUUGUAAAAAAAAUAAAAUUGUAAAAAUACAUGAAUAAAAAAUUGCUUAUGAAAAUUCUGUCUGGAAAAAAAAAAAAAAAAAGAAGAAGAAAAUUUGCACUGCUGAAUUUUUAAAUGUAAAAAUUCUAGCAAGAAGGAUUGUACUUUUUUUUUUUUUUUACUGCAGAAAAGAAAAUUCUAGGACAAUUUAACUUAAAAAAUAAAAUUGUAAAAAACACAUAAUAUGGAUAAAAAAUUGCUUACAAAAAUUCGGUCUGGAAAUUUAUUAUAUAAAAAAAAAAGUAGAAUUUUUUAAAGUAAAAUUUCAGUUUUUGACAUUAAAAAUAGAAUAGUUUCAUACAAUACAAAUAAGCUGUGGUUAAAUAAAGACUUUAUCUAUAGGUUUUCUACACUAUGAACAAAUAGGGUACAGCUGAAGACAUUCAAAACAAAACACAAUCGAGCUUUUAUUUUGAAAAACCCAAAAGUUUGCACGGAAAUGUCAGGCCACUUCCACUUUUUGCCUUAAACCUGGUGUGCCUUGGAACUGCUUUAUUUAAUGUCACGUUUAAAACACAACAUUUGGGAAUAAGAGGGCCAUUUUUGAGAACAGACAAUCAACGUUAAAUUUGUAAAUAUGAGUAAUUAUGAAUGCGAUUUUAUGUUUUGUGCUGUUUUGUAUUAAUUUGAAUAUUAUUGUGUGGUGUGAAUGUGUUUGGAAAUGUCCCAUCUGUUAAGAAUCGAGCACAGAAUUGGAGAAAUUUCAUGUUUUGACAAAUAAUAAUGUAGAGAGUUUGAGAAAGAGACAAGAUAAUAAUAAGUACGGACUGAACCGGAUCUUAGCCAGGACUAAAAAGGGACUAAACCAGAUCUAAACCAGGACUAAAUAAAGACUAAACCUAAAUUUAGACAUCAUAAUUCGGGAUUAAAUAUGUCUAAACAGGAUUAGUCUUAAAUCAAGAACUAAACCAAGGUGCACUGCGUAACUUUUCUGGUGCUUGUUGCCAUGGUGAUGUCAUUGCCUGGGAUGUUCCACAGUACGGCAUUAAUCAAAUAUAUCGUGUGUUUAUUCGGUUACAUUCUGUUUUGCUUUAUUUAUUUCUCAAAACGACCGCAAAAACACAGCGGCUGCCUACUUCUCCGCAGAUCUGGCUUCGUGACCGCUCGUCGUUUCCGUGGCGACAGUCGAAUUAAACGCCGUACCGUGGAACAUUCCAGGGAAAAAAAGCGAGAUUUGCCAGAAAAGCGACGCAAUUCAGCUUUAAAACUAAACCAGAACUGAAUUAAAAGUAAACAUUAAAACGAAACCAAGGUCUGUUCUUGUCUCAAAUCUCGACAAUCCAACAUUAUUAUUUUUUUCUAUAAAACGUCUGAAUCGUUCUAUAAAAAUCCGUAUUACCUCCUCGAACCAAAGACUACUACGAUUAACACACAUUUUCAUAUCUCUCACCUGACCCUGUGUUCCGGGGCGUCCCUGUACAGUGUUCAUAUGUGUUUUUAUUACAGAAUUUAUUUCAAUAAAAGUGUUGCUA